UAAACCGCUAAAACAUAUAAGAGCAGUGUUGCAACACCAGUUAAACCGAUAAAACAUACUGGAAAUACAAAGGAAAGAAUCUCGGACUCAUAAUUUCAGUCAUUGGAAAUUACACAAAUAAUCAUUUCGUCUAAUAUAGAAAUCGCUUAUACAAAAAAUAAAAACUUCAUGGAAGGACCUGUUAUUGUUUUCAGUUACAGACAUAGCAAUACCAUUCACAAGACCAUGGAAGAACAGACAGCCUUGAUGAACCAGACGAAAAUUGACACUGUACCCAAACCAUCACCCUGGGGCAAACCUCCACAGCAAUCAACUCCAAUACCAAGCUGCCUACAAGAUGUAAUGAAUGAACAGUUGAGUGAAGAUUUUAUCGAAAAAGAACAGAAAAAUGUGUUGGACACUUUUGAAAGUGAGAAAAAAGAAGUUGAUGUUGAUGCAUUAAUUGCUGCCGCUGGUGGUGAUGAAACUGCUGAUGAUGAACUUAUGGCUAGGAUGUUACAGUUGGAAUAUGAUAAACAGAAUGACGAGGAAUUGUUAGCAAAGGAAAAACUCUUGAAUAAACAUCAUAAAGUUUCUAUCUCCUUUGAGAACUACAGAAGUGUACAUCCAGCAUACAGAGACGAUGAAGAUAAAGAAGAAGAGGAUGAGGAUUAUGAACCACCAAAAUCACAAUGGGAUAAGAAAUCACCAUCAUUUAAAAAGAAUGGAACAGUUGGCAGUGGAAAUAAAAUCAUAACAAAACACGAUAAAGUUAUAUGUGGACGAAAAAAUGCUUCUAAACUAAUGGAUUUUCCCCCAGAGUUUCAUUCUGGUGAUGGUGAAAGUAUGGACAUGCAGCUUGAUAAUAGAAUUUAUAACAAACUAAAACGUCAUUCUGAUGCUGAAAAUAAACGACAUCAAAGAUUACAUGAGAAGAAGGAACACUCUACUGCUGGACAAGUAAUGGAUGCUAGGACAAGACUGAUUUUGUAUAAAUUAGUAAACAAUGGAGUGUUAGAUUCCAUAAGUGGUAGUAUCAGUACAGGGAAAGAGUCUGUUGUCUUCCAUGCUUAUGGUGGAGAAUUAAAUGGUGAGACACUGCCAAAAGAAUGUGCAAUAAAAGUAUAUAAGACAACACUGAAUGAAUUUAAAAACAGAGGAAAGUAUGUUGAUGGAGAUCACAGAUUUUCCAGGGACGAUUUUAAGAAACAAAAUCCACGAAAAAUUAUCAGAAUCUGGGGAGAAAAAGAAACAGCAAAUUUGAACAGAUUGAAGAAAUUUGGAGUUCCUUGUCCACACGUCCAAGUAUUAAAGAAACAUGUCUUAGUAAUGAGUUUUAUAGGAAAGGAUAUGCAACCAGCACUUAAACUAAAAACUGUCAAGCUUUCAACAGCAGAUAUGCAGGAUGCUUUUGAACAGACAAUGAAGAUAAUGAAGACAAUACAUAGAGAUUGUAAACUAGUGCAUGCUGAUCUUAGUGAAUUUAACAUACUGUGGUAUCAGGAGAAAAUCUGGAUCAUAGAUGUAAGCCAGGCUGUAGAAAUAACACAUCCUGCUGCGUUAGAGUUCCUGUUUAGAGACUGUAAAUCUAUGACAUCGUUUUUCCAAAGUAGAGAUGUACAUGGAGUUCCAACACCAGAGGAAUUAUUUAAUGACAUUACUGGACUAGAAAUUCAGGGAGAAGGCCUAGAAUUUGUUGCUCAAGUACAGAGGUUUCAAAAGGAGAAAAAUGAAGAAUGUCUUGUACAUCAAACCACAUAUACAAAAGAAUAUGCAUUUGACUAUUUCUUUGAAAAAUCUCAAAUAGAACGAGCUGAUGCUUUAGAUAAGUUAGGGAUAUCUGAUGAUGAGGAUGAAGAUGAGGCAUUAGAGGAAGAACCUGAGGAUGUAGAGUAGGGGCCUACUACGGGGAAAAUUUGAUGGAAAUCAAGAUUUAAUUAUUGAGGGAAAAAUUAGUAGUGGGAUCAGACAAUAAAAAUUAAUGAAAUGAAAUGUCUGAUGAUUCUGAGCUUGUACAGGCCCCAGAAAGUCACAAAAGUUCUUGUAUUAAGAUUAAAAACCAAAAAUGGUGAGUCAAGAAAGGAAAUUUUUAGUGUACCCAUUCCAGCUCCAAUAGGUGCAUCUCAUUAACAUUAAAUCUUUUAAUACCUGACGGUUUAUAGAAAGGGUACUUGGAAAUAUAUUAUUAUUUAAUUAAAGGCAUCCAGGCAACUUUGAUAUAUUGCCCUUGGAUGUUCCAAACAAAAUGUUUGGAGAUGUUGAAAAGAGGAUACAUUUGAGUUACCACAAAUACAGUGUAUUUAUUGAAUGUGUGGUGAGUGAUUGUUUAAAAAUCAAUUGAAUAUAUGAAGAGUGUACAAAUUUAAUUGUUGAAAAGGGAUUUUGUAAGAAAUAAUUCAUGUAAGCAGAGAGAUAUUUGUAGAUUUUAUAAUAUGUACUUUGUUUGAUAAGUCAUGUAAUGGACAAAAUUUGAGCCUGAGUGAACCAUGAAUAAAAGUCAGGGUUUAUAUAAUGGAAAAUUAUUGAGAGUUCCAAGGGGAAAGUGUGAUAAGUUGGUAAGUCAUAAAGUAUUCAGAUUGUACAAUGUUUUCAGAAAAUGCUUUAAAAAACAGUGGAAUAAUUAAAACAGUCAGUGGUUGUGGUUUGUCGCUUUAUAUCCUAUUUGUUAUUUGUUUAUUGUUUUGUACAUAACUUUGGCCAUUUUUACUAAUCUUUUGUUACUCUAAAAACUACGUGAUAUUUCGGUUAUUUCUGAUGAUAAAUUGGUUUACAUAGCUAUAUAUCAACUGCAACUUGUAAUGAUGUGCAUAGAAAGCAGUCCUUUUUGUUCAGUAGAGAACCAAUCUGCAAUUUGCAAAGGACAAUAUUUUAUGUUUUAAGUGUGUUAUUAAAGAUUCAAAACAGACAUUGGCAAACAGACUUGUGUAUGCUUUCACAUAAAUGGUUGUCUUUGCAUUGAAUAUAAAUAGGCAAUAAGAAUGUUAAAAUAUUUAAAGAGAUCAAAUUAUUUGUGAUUUGAUGUAUGCGUAUAUAUACCCUUUUGUGUAAAUAACAGCAUUUAAAAUCAAAAUAAUUUGUACAUUAAUUGUGACAGUUUUAUUAAUUAACAAAAUUUUAAACUGAAUUUUUAGUUAUUUUAUCUUGAUUGUAUAUGUCAAGUCAUUACUUGUUGGCAUUGUUGCAAAACUACUGCAAGAAUAUUAUUUUAUUUAUUUAUAAUGAAAUUUUUAUGAAGUUGUUGCUGCAUGGUAGUAGGAUUUUACAUAAUCACUGUAUAUAUAGACCUUUGUUACGGACUGCAAGUUUUUUAUAGCCAGUCAAGGUCCCUAAAAAACAAUAAGGCCAACAGAACUUUGUAGAAUUACAGAAAAAAAUAUUGUGAUGUUUUCAUUUAAACAGUAUAAUGUUAUGGUAUGUGUUUUGUUCUAUUAAAGUAUUUGAAGAAAACAUCUUUUAAAUAUUUUAUACUACUAGUCGACAAGGUACAUUGUAUAAGAAUAAAAGUACUUAUUUUUCCAAUUAAAUGCCCUUGAUGGGCAGCAUGAGAUGUUUACAGGCAUUACAAAAUAUUAUUUGUAGCAUAAAACAUUGUUAAUUGAAAACAAAUAUAAAAUGCCUGGGAAUAAAAUAAGUUCCCUGACAAAGUUUGAUUUGUUAAAUUUGAGCAUGAACUUAGUUAAAACACUGUUAUUAAGAGAGGUUUCUUGGGAAGAAGAUGUAUUUAAUAACCAGAAAGAGAAUUAUUAAAAAACAAUUCAAUAUUUUGACAAACAAAUUUUGAUGGUUUUGGUUCAUAGAAUUAAGUUGAAAUUCUAUUGAUGGUUUAUUUUUAUUAGUUACACAAUACUUCAAGUGAGAGCAGUUGUGUGUGCUUUCCUUCUCUGUGACAGAAAACACAAAAAAUUGAGAUACACAUGCAAUGAAAACUAAGGAUUUAAUUGCAACUUGUAAUCAAUGUUAAUAAAUUAUUUAUGAUAAUGUUACUGAAUAAUAAAAUAGUUUGUGAUUGUUUAUA